AUGGAGACAACGCGAAAUUUCACCGCCCAGAUGACCCCACAGCAAAAUGCAACGGGCAGUGCUAUGGCACUGAUGCAAUAUGUCACUGUCACCAAGACGACGCACGUGCAGGACGUUAUUCUCAACAAAAUGGCGUCGCCGCGAAACGUCACGCACACCACAGAAAGAAACGCAAGCGUAAACCGGUGCUGGUCUGAAGCAAAUGUAAAGCAAAUCAUUAGCGUUUCACCAUUAACCGUUUAA